AUGUGCAAGGGACAUCAUAUUAUUUCAAGAAUUAGGCAUCAAUACUUGAAUCAUGAUAAAUGUAUGACAAUGUUAGCUUCAGCAGGAAUAUAUUUGGUCCUAGAUGUCAACUCCCCCUUGGCCAACCACCACUUAAAUCGAUAUGAACCAUGGACUAGUUACAAUCUGUUUUAUUUUGAAAAUGUAUUCAAAAUAGUUCAACAGUUUUCAUUUUAUAACAACACUUUAGGGUUCCUUGCUGGAAAUGAAGUGAUAAAUGAUCCCAUAUCAGCAUCGGUCUCUGCACCGUAUAUCAAAGCAGUCAUCAGGGACACCAAGAACUACAUCAACAUUAAUUCUCCUCGUCCUAUACCUGUUGGAUAUUCUGCAGCUGAUGAUCUAAAUUAUCGGAUUCCCUUAGCUAAAUAUCUUGAAUGUGCUGAUAACAAUUUAAUGGAAAGCGUUGACUUCUAUGGUGUUAACUCAUACCAAUGGUGUGGUGAUCAAACUUUUUACAGUAGUGGAUACAACAUUUUAGUGGAUGACUAUAAGGGAUAUAGUAAGCCAGUGUUUUUCUCGGAGUAUGGUUGUAAUGAAGUCUUGCCAAGAAACUUUGACGAAGUUCCUGCGUUGUAUACAAAUGACAUGAUUGAUGUCUUCAAUGGUGGGUUGGUUUAUGAAUUUACCCAAGAGGCAAAUAAUUAUGGAUUGGUGGAAAUUUUACCCAAUGGUGAUGUCAAGUUAUUACGCGAUUUUUUGCAAUUAAAACAUAAAUUUGACUCAGUACCAGAAUUGGAUUACUACUUCAUUGUGGAAAGUAUGAAAGAAAAUGCCAAGGAAAUUCAAAUGCGCAUAAAGCAAUCUCAGUCAAUAGUUCCUCGAUGUGAAGACCUGUACCCCAACUUGGAUAUUUCAAGAGGUGUUCCUGACACAAUUGUUGACAUCAUGAUUGACACUGGCGUAAAUGUCGAACCAGGAAGAUUUGUGCAUUUGGACAAAAGUGAAUUGCAAACGAAAAGUGUUUUCUACCAACCAAAUGGUGAAGUGUUUAACACCCUUUAUGAAAUUGAUGUGGUGGUUGAUUUUGAGAUUGACAAUGACAACAAGAAUGACAAGAAACGGCUGCAAAAAAGUAGUACGUAUAGUCCCCAUGAUCAGAACGAUAAAACACAAGCAGGUGAAGUACAAAAGCAAGUGCAGCAUGAGGACCCAGAGCCAACACCUCAGAAAAAGCCCCAGAAAAAUGAAAAAGACCAUGAGGGUGCAAAUGAACAUGAUGAGGACAAGCCGAAUGUGAUUGUUGAAACUUUUCAUAAAGUCACCGACUCAGUUAAAAACUUUUGGGCUAGUAUAUUUACUUAA